AUGUGGAGCAGUGAAUGGGACCAGCCGCCGGCCGCUGAAACCGGACCAACCGGCACUUUUACUAGUGACAAUCAUGGAGAACACCCCAUGGCCAUGCAAAACUACCUUGCCCGAUUUGUCAGCAUCAUCUGCCUGUUCUGUCUGGUGACUGCUGGGAUAGUACUCAGUGUUGGUAACAGCACUGUGGAUCCAAUGGACAACCCUGUGGAGUUCACUGGUACUUCCAACACCACACCGACGCCUCCGCAUAUGGAACCAAUCGGACCUGAGAAGCUGGAAAGGUUUCUCUACAUAGCUAUGAUUGCUGGUCUGGUAUGGAUGACUAUUACUUUGUGUUGCCCAAGUGUUCUGAUCACCCAAACUACCAACCACCAUGGCUGCUCGGGACGGCUGGACACGUCAGUGCUGCAUCUUCUAGGCGCCACACUCAUUUUUGCCGUCGGGGCUGCAUUCCUCCCUCUCAUUAACUUUGUCGGUUUUCUGAGCAAUGCUGAGUGCUAUCGUCACCAAGUUUGGGGCAAAAAUGAAUACGAAUGGCUACUCUAUCAAAUCUGCCACUUCCUGUUCAUUUUCAUGCAACCUCUUUUCCUUUUCAAGUUCGUUCAGCACGGUGGUCAGCUGAAGUUUUGCCGGGGAUUGUCCCAUUUUGCCAUAAUGUGGUUGAUGGGUACCAACAUAAGUCUAUGGUUUCAUGGUUUGGUGGAGGAAUCAAAUGAGGACGAAGCACAUGAGUUUUCCUUUGUAGUAAUUCCAUCUUCAGGACAGACAUUAGCCAAAACCAUCAGACCGAGUAGCGUUAUCAUUUGUCCAGCUUCUUCCGGCUUGCAGGGUGUGCUGCCAGAAAUACGCCCGUUUUUACACCCCUUUGCUCUAGAAUACUCACUCAUCUCUGCUGGACUAUUCCUCAAUUUGUGGAACCGCAUUGGCAAAAAAAGAAACGCACAACAAGCUGGACGCAGUAUAGAACAGACCACGUCUCCCCAACAGACCACGUCUCUUCGCAUCCUAGUUGUAGGUGGCCUGAUCAUGGGUCUCAUCAUAGUACUAGGACUGGCAGCAACAAUAGUAUAUCAGUCAUCUCAACUAAAUGAGCUCGGAAUUAAAACAGAUGUUUGUAAUACCAGUCACAUUACCACCAUAGACAAAGCCUUAGACACUACUUUUGGAGUAUACUAUGGGUACAGCAUAGCUGUUUCCUUCAUAAUGUUGACUGGGUGCCUGAUUGUACUCUGUUGUCCACUGAUUGCACUCUGUCACCCAACAAUGCCAGUAGAGGUCUUUGGAGGUCAUGACCCUGGUGAUGCUCAGCACGAGAACAUGGAUAGAAUUUGGAUAGAAACAGCUUUGCUGAUAUCUUCUGUUGGAGGGGUUUUCCUCAUCAAUGGAUUUGGCAUAGCAGCAUCUGUUGGGCUGAGCAACUAUGAUGGCUGUGGGGUUAUUUCCCGCUGGUACAUGGCUGAUUGUGUCCUUGACGUCCUUCACUGCAUUGCACAACUGCUGUUGAUCAUAGGUGCACUUCAUCAGCAGUGGGAUGGUACAAAGUGGCGCACUUUUGUCUUCUCCUGCCUUUUCAUCAUCAAUCUUGGGCUUUGGGGGAAAGACCUGUAUGAAGUCAAAAACAUAGCAACCACGGCACUUAGUCAAGUCUACUUUGGGACAGAUGUGUGGUCUGUAGUCAUACAUAUUGCCUUUCCCCUGUGUAUCUUCUUCCGCCUACAUUCUGCAGCAAGUCUGUUCCCUCUGAUGAUGAAAUCCUGUAGGAUCAACAAUAGUGGUACCGGUGUCAAUGGAUGGCAAAGUAACUUGGGUAGAUGGGACUUUCUAAUACUGGAUCUUUCUAAAGGUAGUCUUUGA